CACACCAAUACCAAUCUUCGGAUUGCUGGCUUCAUCCAUUUACAUUCUCAGGAGGCAGUUUUUGAUAUAGACCACACUCAUUUUUGCUGUAAUAAUCAAACAAAUCUCAUCGUCUGGUAAAGACGUGCCCAAUCAUUUAACUUGAACCUACAUUUUCAAGCCGCUCACUUAGUCAAUCAACACACAUUACUGUACAGGGAAGCCUGGAUCUUUUUCUGCGGGCGAGAAGGGAAGGCAUCAUAUAAUGGAAUCCGACACCUGGAAUUCCAACUCGACAUCGAGCUCACGGUGCCCACAUUCAUAUGAGAAGGGCGUGCCAAUCUGUUGGGACUGUGCCGAGGCAGGGCACGUCGCUUCUCCCCAUGAGACGGAGAGCGCGGCCAAUUCGCCUGCCUGGCAGAGGCUGAGGAGAUUCAGAAAGAGCCUCGGGUUUUGGGACGAGAGUCUUCGAAUAAACAGCAUCUAUCCGGCGGGUUCGCAGGCGUCGACCCUGGAAUUUCGCGUGCCGGAGGAAGGGCUCGAGGUCGCAGCUCCUAACCACCACCGCUAUUCCCAACCAGGCCUCAUAGUUGUUUCUGGACCACAGGUAGUUAGCCACGAGGAAAAGUUCCAAAAACCGGAAGCGAAGAGUUGUUCGACCGAAACAAUCCAAAAAGAAGAGAACCAACAAGCUGUUGUCCUCGCUCCCCCGCCCGCUCCCUCUCCUAACCCCGCGCCUGCUUUGUCGAUAGCAUCAGAGCCAGAUCAAAAAGCAUGGUACCGGAGGAGGAAGUUUCAGAUUCUUGUUAUAAUCGCAAUUCUCGCCCUUGUUGCUCUCAUCAUUGGCGUUGCCGUAGGCGUAACGAAGCAAAAGAAUUCCCACAGUUCGACUUCGUUAGCGACCGUUGAUGAUGACCAAGUAAGCAGCACUUCCCCUUCGAUGUCUUCCACCGGCAUCACCAUCACCGAGACCGUCUCUCUCUCCGUGCCCACAGCUAGCAGUGCCCCAUCCCCGAAGACAACGUCGGCCAAACCUUCGCCCACGUCCUCCCCAUCAUCGCGGGUCUGCAUCGGCGACGACGGUAGCACGUACACGGAUCCUGCCACAGGAGACAAGUUCCGCCUAGAGUGCGCCGUGUCUCACCAGGGACAGGACAUCGAGAACGUCAAGACGUACUCGAUGCAGUCCUGCAUAAGCAUGUGCGCGAAGAAUACCCAUUGCAAGGGUGCGGUGUGGUACAACGUUGGUCCGCAGGGCACGAACCUGAACUACUGCUGGUUGAAGAGUACGAUGGAGGAUCCGAAGGUUGACGGUGCUGUGCUGGUCACAAAGGAUGCUCAGUCAGUUGUACGGCUAUAGAUAUUUUAUUGUUAUAAUAGACGUCUUUUACGAUACUGGCUCAUUGACAUAACGGGAUAUUGGUCGUUCAAUGGGUAGCCAAUGAAACUGGAGUGAUAUGAGCUCUGAAACCAACUCGGUUACACUGUAUC